CGAAAUUCUGAAAGGCGGUUCUAUAGACGCAUGUUCGUUCGAUGCAUAACGAAGAACAGUCACGGAUGGUUACGAGGCGUCCUAUCACACGGAGUGUAUCUCGGCAACGAGCGAAUCAGAAAAAUCGCCGUAUAGUAGGACAACGUUCUCGCCAGAGAGUCUCCGUGUUGCGCAGCGAGAAUAGAAUGCGAGCGUAUCGUUUCGAGAAGGGCACGUCUCGUCGAAAGAUGCGAAGCAGUUAACAGUGGUUUUGACGAGUGUGUGUGUUGCCUUUUGUCAAGGCAAAAGGUUCACUUCUUAUCUCCACAGUGGAUACGUAUAUGAGCGCGGAUAUACGAGCAGCCAGUGCGGUGCACUCGACGCAGUAAAAAUCGUUCGUAACAGUGUCCUCGGGAGAUAUUGUGUCGUGUGUUGCGGGUUGUUACGCCGAAGGUCGUGAACAUUCGUGCGAUUGUUCGAGAAGCUUGUGUCCCGUACGGAAGACACGUUACGAAAAGAUUAAAAGGGAAAGGUGGACGAUCCUCCUUGGAAAGCCUCGGUAAAAUGGCGGUGAUCGGUACUCCGAUUGGCGCUAAGCGAUAGAAGAGGAUUGCGUCCCGUUCACGCUCCCCGAAUUUUGUUUUGAUCCAGUUGUAGAGAUAUCUUCGUCGAGACCGGUCAAUUCGCGGUCACCCACGGAUCAUUUUGCUUUCAUUCCCUCGCCCCCUCCCUGCUACCCCCGUCCUUGGUUUUAACCAUAACUAGGCGAAAAUUUCGAACGGCGUCCUAUCGAACAAUAUAUAUCUAUAUAUAUACAUAUAUAUAUAUAUAUAUACACAUAUAUAUAUAUAUAACAGUAUUUAUCCAGUCGAGGACGAUCAAGGUGGUAAGGACCACCGACGGAACGGUUUCCAACGGCCGCGAUGCCGCAUCGUUCCAACCUCCAGUUUGUUGAACGGCCGAACGAUAAGGACAACUCUAUCAAAUCCUCGUCGGCUUAUCUGUAGAUUUUGAAUUUACAAAGUGAAACUCUAAUCUGCCAAAAUGAAAAUUGACAGAAGCAGGUUGAAAAAGUGCAUUUCUGAGGCGCCGGCAGAAUGCCAAGCCCUCAUAAACAAGUUGCGUUCGUGUUCCCAUGCAGAAUUGCUAGAGGAGUUAAAACAGAUAGAUGCAUGGACCUUUGGAAAAUGCGAACUGUUCCAUUGGAUCGACGUAUUAGAUCUUAAUGACAGUAUUUUAGAAGAAGCUGCAGCGAGGAGUCCAGAUAAUCCAUGGGAAUUAGCCUGUGAUCUUCCUCAAAACAGAGAGGCUAAAGAACUUCUUCUUUGGAUUCUUCACUUCACAACAUUACUGAUCGAACAUUCGUUCUCUCGACAUUUGUACAACAGUAUGGAGCAUCUAGUGUCCUUGUUAUCGAGUUGCGAUAUGCAUGUUGUUCUUGGUGUCCUAAAUCUACUUUACAUGUUUAGUAAACGUAGUAAUUUCAUUACUCGUUUAAAUAGUGACAAAAGGCAAGCUUUAAUUAGUAGACUCAAUCAUCUGGCAGAGAGUUGGGGUGGUAAAGAGAAUGGAUUUGGUUUGGCAGAGUGUUGUAAAGAAUUUCCUGAUAAGCCCCUCCCAGCAAGUGCUACAACAUUGCAUUUUGAAUUCUAUGCAGAAAACUCGAAUACCGAUCCAUCAGGUAGCACACAAAAUACUGGUGCAAAGAAGCUUGGACAAACAAAUUUUGUAACAUAUAUACACAUUGAGAAUGUGGAUAAACUUGGUAAAACACCGGCACAAAUAAUGAAUGAUUUGUUGAAGGUUUAUAAUGUACCUCAAGAUCGACAGAUGGCGCUCUUCACACACAUAAGACUGGCACACAGUUUUUCCGAUUAUCGAAGACGUUUACAAUGUGUACAAGCUCGGUUGCAAGCAUUGUCGGUACUUGUAUAUAGUAAUGCACUUCAAGAAAACGCAGAUAGUUUGCUUCAUGCUGGUCUUUUAGAAGAAUUAGUCGAAUUAAUGGAACUUCCACAUGCACAUCUUGUUGAAAUGCGUGCAGCAGCAUUGCGGACUCUCACUAGUAUCAUUCAUUUGGAUCGUAAUCCACAUUUUCCCAAGAAACCCGGUUCGAGGCUAAAUAUGAUAAUUGACGUCACUGGAGCAAGUUCGUAUCACGGAUUUUUCCCUGUAUCGAUUCGCACAUGUAUUUCACAGUUAACUUCGCCACCACCGGAUGGACCACCCUUUCCGUUGCAACUGGCAACAGCAUUAUUUAGUUUUCUUUAUCAUUUAGCCAGUUAUGAGGCUGGAGGUGAAGCUCUUAUAAGUUGUGGAAUGAUGGAAAGCUUGUUAAAAAUUAUGAACUGGCCGGGAACCGAGUUGGAACAUAUAACGUUUGGUACUAGGGCAGUUCGUGUAAUAGAUUUGAUGACUAAUAUAGAUAUGCAAGCAUUCCAAGCACACAAUGGCCUAGCAAGUUUUAUCAACCGCAUUGAUAUGGAAGUGAACGUAUGCAGAAAGGAGCAACCGUUUGAGAUAGAACCGUACGCGUAUCCAGAUAAUUCGCAAUCGUCUCGUGAAAGAUCCAUAGAACGGGACGAGGAAUCCACGUCAUCGCGACGAUUGAACGAACCGUUCGACGAACGCGAGGAAUCGUCGAAUCCAAUGGAAUUCUCUGAAGAUGAGAAUAUGACCUCAAAGCCAGAAGACAAGAAUGAACAAAUGCCAGAUUACUCUGCCAUGAAGAAUGGAAGAACGUGUCUGCCGCAACGAGCCGCGCUGUUGAAAUCAAUGUUAAAUUUUGUAAAAAAGACCAUUCAAGAUCCAGCAUUUUCCGAUAGCAUUAGACACGUCAUGGAGGGGACCUUACCUUCGUCCCUGAAGCACAUUAUCAGUAAUUCCGAGUAUUACGGCCCUUCGCUGUUUCUGCUUGCUACGGAUGUCGUGACAGUGUACGUUUUCCAAGAACCGUCGUUACUGUCUUCCUUGCACGAUAACGGACUGACUGAUAUUGUACUACAUGCUCUACUUAUCAAAGAAGUUCCUGCAACUAGAGAAGUUCUAGGCUCAUUACCCAACGUGUUCAGUGCUCUGUGUUUAAAUCAACGUGGAUUGGAAUCGUUUGUAAGACGACGACCCUUCGGGCGGUUGUUUAAAGUCUUAUUGUCACCGCUCUACCUUUCUGCGAUGAGAAGACGCCGAAGCGCUGAUCCUUUAGGUGAUACAGCGACGAAUUUGGGCAACGCGAUGGACGAAUUGAUGAGACACCAACCGGGUUUAAAAGUUGAUGCAAUCGCUGCCAUUAUAAAACUGUUAGAAAAACUUUGUGUCUUGGGCUGUGAUCCCCGGUACGUCUGUUUACGAGCUGCUAGCAAGUCCGACAAUUCACCGUCGAAUUCAGCUUCCGGAAUCCGUCAGUCCUCUGGACAGUCCGUUGGAGUCGGGGUCGGUGACUCUCGUCCCGGAGGAGGCGGCGGAGGCGGAAGCAGUAGCGACGAGGAAGAGGAAGAUGAAGAGGAAGCCAGUACAAGUUCCCAUCCUCAACGCGAGGAACAACCGUCACCGUCGCCAGCUCAACCUGGUCCACCACCACAGCCUAGGGAGAAAACACCAAUAGCUUUAGUGGAAUACAUACACAACGUUAUGAAAUUCGUUGACGCUAUUCUUAGUAACAAUUCCACAGACGAUCAUUGUAGAGAAUUCGUCGCCCAGAAAGGUCUAGUGCCGUUACUAUCCAUCUUGGGAUUACCUAAUCUUCCAGUGGACUAUCCAGUCGCUCAGGCUGCUCAGUCUGUGGCAACAGUUUGUAAAAGUAUCUUGAACCUUGCGCACGAACCGUUAGUCUUGAAAACCGGACUGUCACAAUUGAACGAAGUACUAAAUUUAUUGAAACCACUCCACAAUCACACGGAUACACCAGGAGGUUCUGUUUUGUUACACGAACUUGCAUCCGCUCCAAAUUUAGAGACCGCUUUCACGAGCGACACAGCAACACCUUUGCUCCAUGCUAUGAACGCCGCGCAUGGAUACGUAGUAAUGUUUGUCCACGUGUGUCGCACCAGCCAGAGCGAAGUCAGAAAUUUGUCUAUGAAUCACUGGGGAUCGGGACUCGGUUUAACAGUCCUGAAAGGUCUCUCCGAGUUGUAUAUGUCGUUGGUUUGGGAGAGCACACUAUUGUUAGCAUUGUGCAGUGAGGACAGUAUACCAGCUGGAUGUGACUUUGGAAAAGAAGAUAUGGAUAAAUUGGUGCCACCCGAGUUAAAGAAUGAUGGCGAAACUUCUGGCUGGUCAGGUGGUGUAUCCUCAGAUAUGGGAAGUAAUGGAAUGACCACAGCCAUGGAAGCCUUGAGUACAGAUCCACCACCUGUACCCAUGGAGGUGGACGAUAAACCAAGCGCUAGUGCAGGAAGAGUAUCUCCAAAUUCAUACCAGCUUAAGUACAUCAAACCUUUGUUAGGAGCUUCAUCUAGAUUGGGCAGGGCAUUGGCUGAAUUGUUUGGUUUACUUGUCAAGCUUUGCAUGGGUUCUCCUGCAAGACAACGUCGAGGACAACAGAUGCCGUUAACCCCAGUUCUUCCUUCGCAAGCAGCUGGAAGCGUGGCAACUGCCUUAAAUUGUUUAUUGAUCCGUGGAUUGACGUGGGAUAUAUUACCACCAUCACCGAUACCCAAGUUUAAAUUGACCUUCUUGAUAUGCUCUGUAGGUUUUACAUCUCCGAUGCUGUUCGACGAAAAGAGGCAUCCCUAUCAUUUAAUGCUUCAAAGAUUUGUUAGACAAGGCGGACAAUACGCAUUUUUUCAUACUUUUCAUUGGGCAUUAUCUGGUGGUGGACAGUUUCCUGCAUCAGAAGGACUGGAACACCCUAAUUUGCCUGACGGCACUGGGGAAUUUUUAGAUGCAUGGCUUAUGCUUUUAGAAAAAAUGGUGAAUCCAAAAGCAAUUUUGGAUUCCCCUCAUCUUGUUUCUUCGAAAUAUACUGGAUUAUACAAAAUGUAUGAAUUCGAUCCGAUAAAAUACCUCACAAAUAUUCACAAGAAAGCCUUUCAGGCGGUGAUGCUUAUGUGGGGCAAGAAACCUUUAAAAAAUUAUGGUGCCCGUAUGACAGAAUCAAUUUUAUCUAUUUUACGACAUAUUCUAAGGGGUGAGAGAAUUAUCAAGGAACGCACAGAAAAAGAAGAAAAUAGUGAAGGAGCUAUUACUGGUAGCACAAGUGGUACCAGUGGCAUUGGUAGAGCUGGAGCAAUGUCUGACCGUAGAGAAGAACCGGAAUCGGAUGUAAAUCAAGAACAUCUUAGACAGCUAAUGGAUAUGGGAUUCAGCAGAGCUCAUUGUAUCGAAGCUUUGAGUCAUACGUUGACUGUUGAACAAGCUACAGAUUACCUUUUAACUAAUCCUGCCACAUUACGAAGAUCGGAUGUACCACCUGGCGAUGCUAAUGGCCAAGGUCUUAUGAUGGACCUGGAAAUAGACGACGAUCAAAUAAUGCAUGCCAUAGCUAUGUCGUUGGGAGAAACGGAAACGCGGAAAGCUUCUGGUUUAGAAAAGUUCCCAGAAGAGCUUAUUUGCGAGCCUACUAUAACGAGCAGUAUAGAUGAAUUUACAAGCACUGCUUUAAGUCAGUGUUUGAAUUUGUUGGAUCUGAUGCCUGACACAGUCUACAGAAUAUGCGACUUGUUAGCUACCAUUACAAAAAGAAAUGGAGAUGAAUGGCGGGAUAACAUGUUGCUGCAACUUAUAAAAGAGAUUGGUAGUUUAGUAGAUUAUUUAAUCGACAUUGCUAAAAGUAACGAUCCAAAUGCUGGUACACGGCUAGUGGAGUGCGAAGAAGCUAACAAAGUUGCUGGACGUAUUUAUCUUUAUACCUUAUUCUUCGAGGGAACGUUCCAAGAGAUGCGAGUACCCUGCGCCCAAAUCGUAAAAGAAUGCGGUGUCUCUGAUUUACUCGUACGAUUAUUGGUAGUAAGCGAAGGGCCACUCACAGCAAAUAAAAAUAAAGUUUCCAAAGACAAUAAGGAUGGAACGACAGUUUCUACUAAAACCCCGAAAUGGCUCGCACCUUUGCUACUUUUAAUAGAUCGUUUGGAAAGAGUAGCUAUAUCGACGCAAAGAAAAUUAUUAAUGCACAAGGUAACUCGUAAAGUCUGGAAAUGGUUCGACUUGAAUACAGGAGAAUGGACCAUAUACUCUCCAAUAAAUAAUCGAAUAAUCAAUGAUGCUUAUUGGGCCGGUGAAUCCAAUGUGAGAAUCACGUGUAGUAGGCGAAGAUAUUUGAUCAAUUUCUCGACCAUGACACAAGUUAACGAAGAAAGUGACAACAGAAGACCGAUAGCCAUGAAUUUCAAAUUGCGUCCAGUUAUUGAUUACGGUCCGAUUACGGUAGAGGAGAAAAGGAACACUUUCGUGCAAGGUCUACAUCCUAGCGUAAUCCCAAGCAUCAUACGCACGUGUGUGAAGCUAUUAACAAUUCCGGUAGACCGGGACGCGUUACAUGCUUUAAUGAAGGUCUGUUUGCGAUUGACAAGAGAUUACGAGAAUGCUGCGAUCUUUGCGCGCGAAGGCGGCGUGAAACUUUUAUUGGAAAUGACUCAGGCUAGCAGUUUCAUCGGCAGCAUAAAUUUGAGUACAUUGUUGAUCCGACACACUUUGGAGGAACCGGCUAUUCUUCGCCAGGCUAUGGAGAAGGUUAUACGGACUCGUACCCAGGGUAAUAUACCACCACCAUACAAAGAGAUCCUAUUUAUGACACGUCAAAUCAGCAGCGCAGUUUGCCGUAAUCCGGAAGUCUACAGAGAGAUCUGUGAAAAUAUUCUGAGAGUAGACAUCAGUCUACUGAGAAGGGAUUUUGAUUAUAGAUUAAUCGUGAAAGCUCUCCCACCGAGUCAGUCGCAGAACUCAUCAGUGGAAGAAGUAUCGGAAGUAUCGGUGUCCGUGGUGCAAGAUCUGCUAAACGCUCUGAUAAAACCUAUGCCGAUUCUACCUGAUGAUAACACAGCAACACCUACUGGAAGCCCCGAGAAGAAAACUACUCAUUCGAGUUCCACUGUAGGAACAACAUCCUCCAGACGAGGAGACGUGCUUCGAAACAACGCGACAACAACGAAUGAUCCUCUAGACGACGACGAUCAGGUCUCCCAGAUAAUUUCAUUGAAAAUCUAUCCGGAUAUUGGCAACAACGGCAAGGUUGAACCAGAAGAAGCGAAGAAACCUCUGCUGGCAAAAUCAGCCAUUCUGAAAAUACUCGCAGAAGCUGUUCGUUCUUACAAUGGAAUCGCCGACUUGAUCACAGAGCACGUUUACCUUGCUGGGCAAAGCGAGAUGGUGACAGAGGAUACAACAGCGCUCGCUUUUCUUUUGGACAAGCUGCUGCCGAUAUUGCCAGAGAACUCGAGCGACAGACAGUGCAGCAAUAUGGCCAGAAUUUUAAUAGCCGCUAUUGCCUCUUGUAAUCAUUCUCCGGAUGUUCAGACGACCUUAGUUACCGAGGUGAAAGCUGCACUGACCAGGACUUUGGCGCUUCCUGAAAGCUCUGAGAAGCACGCGCAGCUCCAGCUGCUGAUCGCUGUGAUUUCUACCAUGAUCGACAGUUGCCCUCCGACCCUGCAUAAUCAGUUGCGGGCUUCCUUGAAAAUACAUCCGUACAAUAAUGUGAAUUAUAUCGUGAGGAUCAUGCUGAGAAAGGGAAUAAUCACUGACUUAGCAAAAAUUCCGCACAGUCUUGAUCUGUCCAGUCCAAACAUGGCUGGUACCAUUAAUGCUGCCUUGAAACCACUCGAGACGCUUUCCAGGAUCAUAAACCAACCGAUGCCGGGAGCGGUAAACAAUAAGUUUUCGAAGCCUAAAAACAGAACGAUUCAAGAAGAGCCGAUCGGAGAACAGACAGGCACCACAACGUCGGAGGCGACUCACGCGGUUGGAGAAGAAGCAAACGAAGACGCUGAGAACACUGAGCACGAUAUAUCAGUUACCGCUGAGAGCCUCGAGCCUACCUCGGAGAGUCAAGUGCACGAGGAGGGCGAUGAAGCUGCACUGGACGACAUUAUGGAUCAGCUGCUUGAUAGGGAAGGCUCAGCCGUGGCGGAAGAACAAUCUUCCCGGCCACAUCGGCCAAUGGAUAUCGACGACGAAGGUCUCGUGAUACGUGACACCGAAGCUGAUUUCGACCCGACGCGAGACACCACAGAGGAUUUGAUGAGUUCCGAUUCAGAUGCUGAUAGCAAUCCUUCCGAUGACAAUGAGGAUGAGGUACAAGACGAUGAAGAUGAGGAAGAAGAGGAAGAAGACGACGGAGAGGAGAAUGAAGAAGAAGAAGAGGAAGAAGAAGAGGGCUCCUCAAACUAUGAAGAGGAUGGAAUAGAAUUUUAUGAAGAUGUUGAAGGUGACGGUGUCUUCAGAAUGUUCCCAUCAACGGAACGUGACGGAAGCAACGUUGUAAUAAUUCAACACAACAUCGAUAAUCAGGACAAUUUGAGUACUUCUACUCCUGUUACACCGCGUUCCAGUCUUCCAUGGGCUACGACAUUCCCUCUACCUUUAGGGCUCUUCGAAGAUUCGCCUUCAGUUUCCGAAAGCAAUGGUAUGAAUUCCCACCCAUUGUUAAUACCACAGAGCGGUUUGGAUGGUGCUCAUACAAGAGUUCAGAGAGCUCUGCGACAACGAAGGUAUCAGUUUCUUCAAAUACAAAAUCCACGAAAUCCGAAUCCGCCAGUAAUAUUACAAAGGUUGUUGGGCCCAGCUGCGCAAGGAAUUCCCUUAUCUGCCAGUCAAGUUGGAACCUCCAGGAUCUUUACCAAUCAAGAAGAAUCUACCGGUCAUAUUGUAGUCUCCAGAAUUUAUACGAAUCAAGAGGAAGAACAAAUAGACUUUGUGGAUCAAUCCGGCUAUCUUUUUGGACCAAGUCUAGCAGCCACAUUGAAUAACAUUCCGACAGCGUUACACUGGUGGAUCGAGGAGAGUAAAUUAUUAGAUGGUGACUCUCAGGCAGAUUGCUGCGAUGGUGUUGUAUUCAAACUAACCCAUAACCUGACGAAACAUAGAGACGAUGAGCUCGCAGAACGAAAAGAAAGACGUAAGAAGCAACUGAAUUCUGAGAAGAAAGGUGAAAAAGAUGGUAAAGAUGAGAAAGAUCAUCUGAAUAAUACGGAAUCGACUUCUUCCACUGUGAUACCCAUAGAAGAGCAAAUCUCAACAGCGUCAACGUCUCAAAGAGAAGACGCGAACAACCUCGUCGCCGACUUCGGAACCCCAAUCGAAACGACUCGACAGGAACGUACUCCUGACGAGGAUAUAAUCGAUGUGACCGGUGAAAUGGAAGUAACGGUGCAGGAAGACGAGGAACGACCUCCACCGCCACCUUUGCACGAGGAAGUGGUGUCGUCGGAAGCCAGAGAUCCUCGAAUAACCAACAGAAACUCGACACUGGAACUAGCGCAGAGUAUCGUCGACUCGGUACUUCGUCCUAGCGCAUCCGAAGCCAGCCGACUGAGACAAUCGGACCGACCUGCCGAAACAUCGAAUCCCAACGAAACGUCUAGUCGAACGAACACAACCAUACUAGUUGAUUUUAGUCAAGAAGGUAACGAAGAUUUGUUAAGGGAAAGUGACUCGGCCGACUGGAUGAGAACGUUUUUAACCGACGACGGUCAGUCGAACAUUGAACGAAACGCGAACGUACUCAAUCAAGAUCCCACCACUUCGGCAUCAGAGAACAUAAGUCCAGAACAAUCGGAGCAGCAACAACCGCAACAACAACAGCAACAACACCCGCAGCAGCCGCAACAACAGCAACAACAACAACAACCAGAACAACCUCAGCAAUCGCAACAACAGACCCAACAACAAUCGCAACAACAACCUCAGGAGCAACAGUUACCCGACGGAGUGGAUCCUUCUUUCUUGGCCGCUUUGCCAGAAGACAUGCGCGACGAAGUCAUAGCCGAACAGCUCAGACUUCAACGAAUCCGACAACGAGCUCAAGCGACCGUGGUCGCAGAAUUAACCGGACCGGUCGAGGUUAAUCCUGAAUUUUUGGCUGCCUUGCCACCGGCAAUUCAGGAAGAAGUUCUGGCACAACAACGCUUGGAACAACAACGACACGCAGCUGCCUCUGCUAAUCCUGACGAUCCAGUCGACGCAGCUGCCUUCUUCCAGAACUUGCAACCUUCUCUGAGACAGGCGAUUCUGACCGACAUGGAGGAAUCCCAGAUAUCUGUUCUGCCACCGGAUCUGGCUCAAGAAGCUCAGAAUCUUAGGAGAGAAUGGGAAGCCCGAAACCGACAUUUGAUGCAGGAAAGAUUUCUUAGUCACGUUAGCCAAGGGAGCGCUACUUUAUCCACUAUAUUAAGGCAUUCUAGUAGAGGUAGAGCUACGCGUUUCGCGAUUCAAGCGGUGACGCAAAGAGGACAAUGGGGAGAUCCGUUGAUGCGCGGUGAUACUAGUAUAACGCACCAGGGAGCGGGUCUUCGACUUAAAGGCAGACAAUUGUUGGAUCAUGAAUCGAUGGCAUGCUUAUUAAUAUUACUGUUUGUUAAUGAACCAAAAAUUAAUACGUUAAGAUUUCAUAGAGUUAUCAAGAAUAUUUGCUAUCAUGGUAGCACAAGAGAAUGGGUAGUUAAAGUCUUGCUAAGCAUCAUGGAAAGAAGUAACGAUGAGAAUAAAGAUAUUGCUGCGGAUUUCGGCGGCAAAUAUAAAAGGAAAAGUUUGAUGCCCUCGAUGGACUACUGUUCUCCCAAGGUUUUAGACCAAAGAAACAAUUCGCAGUCGUGGUUGAAUAUCAGCAUAGAUGCUGCACUUGGUUGCAGAGCGAAUGUUUUCCAUAUAGUUAGACACGGUGGAAAGAAGUCGGAAAGACAAGGAAGCAGUAUCGCCAUUCAUCCGCAAGCUGCACCGACAGUAUGCAAACAUACGUUAGACUUACUGAUAGCAUUGGCUAAAGGGUUCCCUGGAUAUUUCGUGCCAGUGAAGCCUAAAGAAUCAGAGGAAAAGGAGGCUAACAAAGAGAAAGAUUCAAAUAAUAAAGAAGAGGCUUGCUCGAAAGGCAAAUCCACCUCGAAACCAGGGAAAAGCGACCAACCAGAUUUCUGGGACAUGUUACUGAAACUAGAUUCGUGUGCCUCGAAGAAAGGAAAGUCGGUCGCCAGGACGCAUUCUAAUUCGUAUCUAGGAAACGAACCGGAACACAGUACGACCACUUUUGAGGCUUCAGCUUUCGGUCAAUUAAUUUCCAUGCUGAAUUGGUCGGUCAUCAAGCGUAGUAGUCAGUUAACAGAUAAACUGCUAAGACUGUUAUCACUGAUCUCUAUCGGCCUGACGGAGGUGAGCCCGUUCCACAGACAAGAAGGAAACAAAAAUAAAAAGUCGGAAGUGAACAAAGAGCAGGGUGUCGCUGCGCCUGAAGAACAUCUUAAGUUAGCUGUACAAGUACUAACCAGUAAAAGUUGUUCCGAGGAGGGACUGGAAGAUGCGACUGCUUUACUACUUAAUUUGUCUCAUUGUCCAGACCCUACUAGACAACUGAUAUUAAAAUUACUGAUGGAGGGCGCUAUGGAACUUGCUAACAUGGUUUGCGAACAUAUAAAGGAUUUAAUGAUGGAACUCAAGGUUUUAAAUCGUGAAUUGAGACGGAAUUCUAUUGAAGAGCAACCUUCAACUAGCACUGGAGGUUCUCGAGGAAUUCUUUUGGACAGAUUUACGAAUGAAAGUGUGGUUGUUACUGCACCUAGCAAAGUCAAAGCUGGUAGUGACCUUCAGCUGCCAUCGAUGGCUGCCCUUGUUAGCAAAACCUCUAGUCAGGCAUUUUUCUUGAGAAUACUUAAAGUGAUCGUACAAAUAAGAGAGGCUGUACGUUUAGCAAACAGCAAGAAGACAGCUAAUCAAACUACGGAAGGUAGUGGUGAGACUGCAAACACGAAUCAAACACCAGGCGAAGGUGAUGGUAAUACCGAUGGUGAUGUGGCUAUGGACACAACGCAAACGAAUUCAUCUCAGCCUGAGAAUUCGAAGCCAACUGUUGCAUCUGAUGGUGAGGAAAAGCUUCCGCUGUUAAGCGAAUGUCUAGUAUUGGAUCAUUUAUGGGAGACACUCAGCGCCUGCUUGUUAGAAUUGGAAUAUACUCCAGAUCAUCAUGCCGUCUUAGUUUUACAGCCCGCUGUGGAGGCCUUUUUCCUGAUUCACUCGUCGUCGAGUGCCUCUCGGGAACGUCAAUUGAACACAAAUGCAGAAACUAGAGAAGUUGUUCCAGACCUUGCACCAGUGUCGCCAAUAUAUUCGGAUAACGAAGGCACAUCCCAAUCAGAAGCAGCGAUUAACACUUCAUGGGACAUGGCUCCUCCUCCUCAAAAGACACUGCCACCAGACCAAGUCAAGUUCCUCAAGUUUGCUGAAACGCACAGAACUGUUCUAAAUCAAAUCCUACGUCAAACCACCACGCAUUUGGCGGAUGGGCCUUUUUCUGUAUUAGUGGAUCACACGAGAGUUCUCGAUUUCGACGUGAAGAGACGGUACUUCCGAGCUGAGUUGGAACGAAUGGACGAAGGUAUUCGUAGGGAAGAACUGGCUGUGCACGUGCGCAGAAGUCACGUUUUCGAAGACUCGUUCCGAGAACUUCACAGGCGAAACGCUGACGAGUGGAAGAAUCGGUUUUACAUCGUUUUCGAAGGAGAAGAAGGCCAGGAUGCCGGAGGACUUCUUAGAGAGUGGUAUGUCAUCAUUUCUAGAGAAAUAUUCAAUCCUAUGUACGCACUGUUCACUGUAAGUCCUGGUGACCGAGUAACAUACAUGAUCAACUCUUCUUCGCAUUGUAAUCCUAACCACUUGUGUUACUACAAAUUCGUCGGCCGAGUCAUUGCCAAAGCAAUUUAUGACAACAAGCUCCUAGAAUGUUAUUUCACGCGCAGCUUUUAUAAGCACAUCUUGGGAAUAUUAGUAAAGCACACGGACAUGGAAAGCGAAGAUUACAGUUUCUACAAAGGAUUGGUAUACCUUACAGAACACAAUAUCGCCGAUCUUGGAUAUGAAUUGACUUUCUCUACAGAAGUGAACGAAUUCGGUGUAAAUGAUGUACGUGAUUUAAUACCAAACGGACGUAACAUCGUUGUUACCGAGGAAACGAAGUUAGAAUAUAUUCGGCUUGUUUGUCAGAUGAAAAUGACUGGAGCAAUCCGAAAACAGUUGAACGCGUUCCUAGAAGGUUUUUACGAUAUUAUUCCGAAACGACUGAUCUCUAUAUUCAACGAGCAGGAACUUGAACUACUAAUUAGUGGAUUACCGAAUGUAGACAUAGAGGACCUUAAAGCCAAUACCGAGUACCACAAAUACACUGCAACAUCUUUACAAAUUCAAUGGUUCUGGCGAGCACUGCGAGGUUUCGAUCAAGCCGACAGAGCUAAAUUUUUACAAUUUGUCACCGGAACGUCAAAGGUGCCGUUGCAAGGCUUCGCAGCUCUAGAAGGAAUGAACGGCGUGCAAAAGUUCCAAAUCCAUCGCGAGGACCGAUCGAAGGAUAGGCUUCCAUCAGCUCAUACAUGGUCUUUCAAAGAUUAG